ACAUGUAGAGGAGGGCUGAGGGAGGAGGAGGACCCAGCAGGCAAAAAAAGGAAGGCAGGGAUGUGAGCUUGCAAGGACAGAUGGCACCAAGGGGAGGGGGGAAACACUCCACUCGCCUGCGAGACCGUGUGAGAGGCAGCCGACGCUCGACGACGCUCCGAGGAGGAUGCUCGCAUCAUCACCGUGGUCUUCAUCAGCACCCAGGAGGGGACCCUAGACCAAGCACAAAUACAUGAGGAGGGAAGCAGCAGCGUCAGAGUGGAAUCUACCAGAACGCGGUCAUCUUUGAAGGUCUCCCCUUUUCUUGCCUUUUGGUGUUUUUUUUUGUUUUUUUUGGCGUGUGGACCGAAACCAUGAGUGAGGCCAAAAAAGGCGAGCUGGCCAUGAGAGAUAAAGCCAUCCUGCACCAGCAGCGGCGUCUCAAGCAGGCCACUCAGUUCACGCACAAGGACUCGGCUGACCUCCUGCCCCUGGACGGCCUCAAGAGGCUGGGGACGUCCAAAGACCUGCAACCUCACAGCAUCGUCCAGCGCCGCCUGCUGGAGGGCAACAUUACGCGGCUGCGAGGCGAGGCCCGCGACACGGGCGCCCGAGUGCGCUCGCCGCUGGCCGACACCGAGGACCAGGGCGAGGGCGAGGACGGUCCGGGCGACAGUGAGGAGAGGAGCGAGAGCACCGCCGACUCCUCCACUGAGGAGAGGGAGGAGUCUCUGGAGGAGAGUUUCCGCUCGGACGACGAGGAGGCGGCCCGGCACGGGACGGGGGGGUCCGGCCUUCUCACGGCUCUACUCGUUCAGUGCAAGUGCCGCGAGACGGAAGUGAAGGCGUCUUUGAACACCAGCAGCCUGCACAACCACAUCUCUGCAUCCUGCUGCCACAGACUCGGCCUGGACCCAAGCAGCUCCGUCAAAGAUGUGAAGCUCCAACUGGGCACCAGAACCUUCCAAUGCUCCGCUUUGGUCCAAGAGGACGACACGUUGGAACUGAGCCUGGGCCUGCAGACUCUGCUGCAACUCAAAUGCUGCUUGGACCUGAACAGCCGCGUCCUGAAGCUAGGGGGCGGCGGCGAGGAGCUGCCCUUCCUGAGCCCGGCCGACCACCCCCCGUCCAAAACACCCGACCAGAAGCUGUGAGGCCGGCUCGUUCCGGAACCCCCGACAAGCAUUUAGAACCACGUUUACAUGUCAACUAGUCUGAUUGCAACACUUCAAAAUAUUUAGUGAAAAUCAAUGUAAAAUCAAUCCUUUUUUUUUUUUUUUUUUAAAUCAUAAAACACUGAAAUUGAUAUUUUUAUAGGCGAGAGAGACAGAAUGUAAACAAAUAACCAAUUAAUAAACACAUUUACUUGUUUUUAAGUAUUAUAUCUUUUGAUGGUGAAAGUAUUGCUGGCAAACUCAGAGGCUUUAAGAGAGAUUUUGGGGCUGUCACUUGGCAACUCCAUGUUUCUGCUCCCUACAGAGAUUUUCGACGAGUUUAGGAGAUUUAACUCCUUCUUCCUUAUCGCCCUGGCAGUAUGUUCACGGUCAUUGUCAUGCUGGAAGGACCAUCCAAGAUCCGACCUUGUGUUCUGGCUGAGACCAGGAUGUUUGGGUCCGAGAUUAUAGAGUACAAGUCUUCCUGUCUGCUUGGCAGAGAAACAUUUGUCCGGCCCCUACCAAUGAGAGUGCAAAAGCGCUAGACAUCGAGCUGAAAGCCCUCGAUGUCAACUCGAUGCCCAGAGCUAAGUUACCAUAUUUUUCGGACCAUAGGGCGCACAAUUUUUAGCGCUUUGAUAGCUAGUUUACCAUGAAUUGAUUAACGUGGACCGCGACUUAAACAAAUUGAAAAACUAAACGGAAUUUAAACUAAACGGAAUAUGUACUGUACUGUGCAGUCUACUAAUAAAAGUUUCAAUCAAUCAAUCAAUCAAUCAAAGUCUACUGACAGAUAUGAGUAAGAACUUUACACUACUUUAUAUUAGAAAUGGCAACAGCGGAAGAUUAAUGCCACAUAAGAAGGUCGAGAAAAAGAAGAAGCUUAUGACUACGGCGUCGGCACGGACUACAGUUGCGGACGCGUGCACAUUUUCAGGACUUAUGCAGAUCCCAAAUACACAUCAGCAAGUACCAGAAGGUAAGAAAAGUUGCUUUUGCAUAAUAUUGCGAAACAAUACCUUAUACACACAUAAUAAUACUCCUAUGUUGAAGCACAGUACAAUCCAUCAAGCGGUGUGGCUUCAUAGCUUACCAAAGUCCUACUAAAAACAUUUUGACGGAUUUUUGAGCGCUGUGUGUGUUCUAUAUUCUCAAUGCAACAUUUAAAGUUUUGGUGUUGUUUACUUGAGUCAUAUUGCAGUCUACACUUAUCUCUUAUGUGUGACUGCCAUCUACUGGUCACACCAUGUACCAAACAAAGUAGCUUCGAGGUCGAUAAGCACAACCAAGAUUGUUCCGUACAUUAGGCGCACCGGGUUAUAAGGCGCACUGUCGAGUUUUGAGAAAAGGAAAGGAUUUUAAGUGCGCCUUAUAGUCCGAAAAAUACGGUAAAUUGUGGGAAUUUUGGAACUGGUGUCGGGGGUUGUACUAAAACAUUUUGACAGAUUUUUGAGUGCCGUGUGUAAUGUUCUAUAUUCUCAAUGAAACAUUUAAAGUUUUGGUGUCGUUUACUUGAGUCAUAUUGCAGUCUACACGUAUCUCUUAUGUGUGACUGCCAUCUACUGGUUACACUUAUUACACCAUGUACCAAAUAAAAUAGCUAUGAGGUCAGUAAGCGCACCAGGUUUUAAAGCGCACUUUCUAGUUUUGAGAAAACGAAAGGAUUUUAAGUGCGCCUUAUAGUCCGAGAAAUAUGGUAAUCGACAAAAUCUUGGCCGACGCUAAAUACAGUCCAACUCAUAUUCUGUCUCUCUACCUUCAAAUAAAUCCGGCAUAAAAAUGGAUUGUUUUCGUCAAAUCAUCUUUUUCCCCCAAUGCUAACAGGAAGGAGCAGCUGUUAGCAUAGCCAAAAUAGGCUAAUAUGAACUGAAAACAUACUCACACAACGAGGAAACGUGCUGGCAAACAUCUAAACCUACUCAGUGGCCUUGUGGUUAGAGUGUCCGCCCUGAGAUCGGUAGGUCGUGAGUUCAAACCCCGGCCGUAGAGUGUCCACCCUGAGAUCGGUAGGUCGUGAGUUCAAACCCCGGCCGUAGCGUGUCCGCCCUGAGAUCGGUAGGUCGUGAGUUCAAACCCCGGCCGUAGCGUGUCUGCCCUGAGAUCGGUAGGUUGUGAGUUCAAACCCAAGCAGUAGCGUGUCCGCCCUGAGAUCGGUAGGUCGUGAGUUCAAACCCCGGUCGUAGUGUGUCCGCCCUGAGAUUGGUAGGUCGUGAGUUCAAACCCCGGCCGUAGAGUGUCCGCCCUGAGAUAGGUAGGUCGUGAGUUCAAACCCCGGCCGUAGAUUCUCCGCCCUGAGAUCGGUAGGUUGUGAGUUCAAACCCCGGCCGUAGAUUCUCCGCCCUGAGAUCGGUAGGUUGUGAGUUCAAACCCCGGCUGUAGAUUAUCCGCCCUGAGAUCGGGAGGUUGUGAGUUCAAACCCCGGCCGUAGCGUGUCCGCCCUGAAAUCGGUAGGUUGUGAGUUCAAACCCAAGCCGUAGCGUGUCCGCCCUGAGAUCGGUAGGUCGUGAGUUCAAACCCCGGUCGUAGAGUGUCCGCCCUGAGUUUGGUAGGUCGUGAGUUCAAACCCCGGCCGUAAAGUGUCCGCCCUGAGAUCGGUAGGUUGUGAGUUCAAACCCCGGCCGUAGCGUGUCCGCCCUGAGAUCGGUAGGUUGUGAGUUCAAACCCCGGCCGUAGCGUGUCCGCCCUGAGAUCGGUAGGUUGUGAGUUCAAACCCCGGCCGUGUCAUACCAAAGACUAUAAAAAUGGGACCCAUUACUUCCUUGCUUGGCACUCAGCACCAGGGGUUGGAAUUGGGGGUUAAAUCACCAAAAAUGAUUCCCGGGCGCGGCCACCGCUGCUGCUCACUGCUCCCCUCACCUCCCAGGGGGUGAUCAAGGGUGAUGGGUCAAAUGCAGAGAAUAAUUUCGCCACACCUAGUGUGUGUGUGACGUGACAAUCAUUGGUACUUUAACUUUCAGUAACUCUGAAGUGCGCGGGUCCUCAGGCAGAGAGCGUUCAAGUGUCCCCUUCAUCUACCUCCUCCACGCACAAAAGACACAUGAUGAAUUUUAAAAAAAGCAAUUAGCGCCUCUUUAGCGUCCACUUUGGGCCAUCUGGAGGCCAACAGAGUCCUCGGUCAACGUUCCUCCCCAUGAAAACAUCCCGCCAGACGCUGACUGAAAGAAGAAAACAUUCCGUGGGCAUGACUUUGUGGAGUUCAAGUCUGCAUGUUUGUGUACUCGUCUGAUAGCGUGAACCUCAGGAGUGUGUGGGGGUGUGUGUGUGUGUGUGUGUGUGUGUGUGUGUGCGUGGGUCCGAGCUGCCUUCCCACGCCGCCUUUCUGUCUCAAACCGUCAAGCUUUGCUUCUUUAUAGGCGAGACGGAACAUUUUCUGAUUUAUAACGCCUCGACUCUUGUCGGUUGAACGUUUUACGGAAUAAUAAGAGCGCCACCUGCCUUUCCUUGUUUUUAAAGAGGAACCGACGAGUAUGUUAGCUCCGCUGCGAGCCACAGAUGUGAAGUGAAGGGAAUUAUAUUUAUAUAGCGCUUUUCUCUAGUGACUCAAAGCGCUUUUACAUAGCGAAAGCCAAAAUCUGAGUUACAUUUAAAGCAGUGUGGGUGGCACUGGGAGCAGGUGGGUCAAGUGUCUUGCCCAAGGACACAACGGCAGUGACUAGGAUUGAACCUGGAACCCUCAAGUUGCUGGCAGGGCCACUCUACCAACCGAGCUAUACAGUGAUGAUCCCACCCAACCAACAGGGGGCAGCAUAUAAGUCAACAGUUGGAAUGUCAUACAAUACAGCGCUUCACGUUUUCCUUAUUUUGUCAUGUUAUAGCCUUAUUCCAAAGUAGAAUAUUAUUUUUUUGUCCUCAAAAUUCUACACACAAUACCCUAUAAAGACAACGUGAAAAAGACUUUGGAGACCUUUGUACACAUUUGCUAAAAAUAAAAAACUUAACUAUAUUUACCAAAAGGGUUUUAAAAAUUGGGCUUUUUUUAAAUUAUAAAUUUCCACAACAAUUUUCAAUAAUAAAACAAAAACAAAUACAGUACACCAAAAGUUUGGACACACCUUCUCAUUUCAAUGUGUUUUCUGUAUUUUCAUGACUAUUUACAUUGUAGAUUGUCACUGAAGGCCUCAAAACUAUGACACCUGUGAAGUGAAAACCAUUUCAGGUGACUACCUCUUGGAGCUCACGGAGAGAAUGCCAAGAGUGUGCAAAGCAGUAAUCGGAGCAAAGGGUGGCUAUUUUGAAGAAACUAAAAUAUAAAACAUGUUUUCAGUUAUUUCACCUUUUUUUGUUAAGUACAUAACUCCACAUGUGUUCAUUCAUAGUUGUGAUGUGACAAUCUACAAUGUAAAUAGUCAUGAAAAUAAAGAAAAGGCAUUGAAUGAGAAGGUGUGUCCAAACUUUUGGGCCUGUACUGUAUAUUUAUAUUUUAAUAAGUCAAUGCAACCAUCUACAAUUAAUGGUGCCAACAUUUUAUAAAUAAAGCAAAAUAAAUGACUGAUUCCAAAAUUCACUAAAAUGUGAAAAAAAUCACAAAAUUCACAGCUAAAUUGUCAAUAUUAAGAAAAACCUAUUCACAAUUAUAGCACAAUAUACAGUAUUCCAUAUAGGCUGCAAGAUUUUGCGAAAACAUCUGUGAUUUUUUUGUUCCAAAAUUGCAAUUCGGUUUGAGGUUUGUAUAUUUUAUACAUAAAAAUGCAAAUAAUUGCGAAAAUAAUACAAAAACAAAUACAGUACAGGCCAAAAGUUUGGACACACCUUCUCAUUUCAAUGCGUUUUCUUUAUUUUCAGGACUAUUUACAUUGUAGAUUGUCACAUCAAAACUAUGA